UUAGCACCAGUAUUUAAUUGUCUGUUAGAUGUUAAUUUUCAUUAAGCUUAAGGUUCUACGGAAAAAGGCGAAAUUCGCCCCUAAAGGCUUCAAUGUCUGAAUGAAAAAAGGCACUAUGGUAAAGAGGUAGUUGAAAAAUGGGAGGGAGCUGGCCUCUACAAGUUGUUGAUUGAGAUAGAUUAGCGUAUUGACUUUCGAUUGAUAUACCUCAUUAAGCAUAUGGUUUUACGGAAAAUGGCUAAAUUUGUCGAAAACUAUCUCGUUUUUGUUAUAAACCGUAUAUUAGAAAUGGCGACGUGCGCCACUUCCGUCGCCGACGCCAUUUGGACGCCAUGUUGCCCGAGAUUUGAGCGCUUGUACGCCUUGGCUUCUAAAUUUCAAGAUGAAUAUUGAAGGCAGAAGACGGCGUUGUGCAUAUGGGGGGCACUCACUGAUUUCAAGUGAGUCGGAAGUGCCAAAAUUGAACAAGAUUGGUUCCAAGUACGUUUCGAAGUCCGUCAUUCAGGCCCUGGGAAUGGGUGACCCUGGCAAGCUUGCUGGACGAUACCUGUGUCAUAAGUGUAUUUCCUAUGGCAGGUCGCAGAUGAAAAUUGUUCAGGAGAGCCAGCGCCAUUCCGGAUCUGAAAAUGCUCUGCAUGUCAGCAUUGUCUGCGCCGCUUCGUCUGCGGCCCCCGCCAGCGCCGCUUCGUCUGCGGUGCCGACCAGCGCCGCUUCGUCUGCGGCCCCCGCCAGCGCCGCUUCGUCUGCGGUGCCGACCAGCGCCGCUUCGUCUGCGGUGCCGACCAGCGCCGCUUCGUCUGCGGUGCCGACCAGCGCCGCUUCGUCUGCGGCCCCCGCCAGCGCCGCUUCGUCUGCGGUGCCGACCAGCGCCGCUUCGUCUGCGGCCCCCGCCAGCGCCGCUUCGUCUGCGGUCCCCGCCAGCGCCGCUUCGUCUGCGGUGCCGACCAGCGCCGCUUCGUCUGCGGCCCCCGCCAGCGCCGCUUCGUCUGCGGUCCCCGCCAGCGCCGCUUCGUCUGCGGUGCCGACCAGCGCCGCUUCGUCUGCGGUCCCCGCCAGCGCCGCUUCGUCUGCGGUGCCGACCAGCGCCCUUCUGCAUGGUACCUCGCCUGAUGUAGCCACGCAGGGCGGAGAGUGGAGGUGAGCUAUUACUGAUUAGUUUUGUCCAGGUAAAUUCAGAAAUAUCAUGUUCAUGCCACAUCAUCAGAGUCGCCUCACCAAUCAACAUAAUAUUUUCAGGGAUGAGGGUCCAGGGGACCCAUUUGUAUUUGUUCUCACUUCUCACCUUGUUUCUUUGUUGAAUCUGUAUCCCUUAGUCUCUUUACAAACCAAACUAUGUACUUUUUCAUGGAUAGAAUUGCUAUAUGCCAUGGGAUGUACAAAAAUGCAACUUUGUGCCUAGCUCUAGGCUAAUAAGAAGUGUAUUUCAUUAAAAUAUCAUGUUUUGUUUGUAUGUUGAAUGGUUUGCAUAUGAAGAUAAUUUCCAGCGGCUGCUAAUAUGUUAUGCAGCCCUCUCCUUUAAGUGACCAUCCCACCUUAGCAUUAGUUUUCAGUUGAGAUAGCAAGAUUGGGGUCCCUGGCGUGCAAUUACCGGUUUGGGUACUCACAACAUCGAAAAAUGCUUCAAAUCGAAAAUAUUUGAUCUCAAAGUUGCAGCACUUGGAUUCAGAAGGGCUAAUGUUUUUGAAUGUCCCCCUCUGAAUGUGUGACGUCAGCGCAGAUCUGACGAUUUUAAAAUAUUUUACUAAAACGUUUGGUAACACCUGGUGAUAUAUGCUGCAUUGCGCGCAACAUCUGCCGCACUUUAAGCAUGCCAAAUUAGGUAUUGCUUCCAAAUGACGUCGUAGGAACAGCGGAGGUCCCAAAAAGUAAAAAGUAAUACAGCAGCUGGUCACAGCUGGACCAGUGGCGUGUGUUACAUACACGCGCUUAGACAA